UCAAUUUCCACGCUUGCAAAACCAUGGAAGAUACGAAAGAAAAUACAUGCCGAGUGUUGGAACUUUUCAGUGGCAUUGGUGGAAUGCGAAUGGCAUUGGAGCACGCCAGCAAAGCUUUUACCAUCGAAUCAGCGAUCGACGUGAAUCCAAUCGCAAACGCAGUUUACAGCCAUAACUUUGGCGAAAAAACAGUCCGCAAUGGAAACAUACUCAGCCUGAGUGGAGCGAAAAUUACCAAACUAAAUGUUAACACAAUACUAAUGUCACCGCCAUGCCAACCGUUCACAAGGAAUGGGAAAUUCAACGAUAUCAAUGAUCAUCGGUCCGAUCCGUUUCGGCACAUUUGCGAUCUGCUAGAUAAGAUACCGCUAGUACGCUUCAUUUUGAUGGAAAAUGUUAAAGGAUUUGAAAAAUCACAAGCAUGCCAAAUGUAUAAAACCCGUUUGGAGGAGGCAGGUUUCCAUUACCAGGAAUACAUUUUAUCACCGCAUCAAUUUGGUGUGCCCAACACUAGACACCGGUACUAUUGUGUCGCGAAACGUAAGGGAACUGAAUUUAAAUGGAAAAGUGAAGAAAUUAUUGUUCAACAACAGGGUGACCACGGUGCCCAGCAAACUAGUAUAGGAACAGUAGUGGAACAGCACUUACCGGAGCCGGAACCGUAUGCAUUGAAAAGUGCAGCGCUAUUAAAACAUCUUCCACUGAUGGACGUUUGUACGCCGGAAUCAACCAAUUCUAUGUGUUUCACGAAAGCAUAUACACACUACGCGGAAGGGACCGGUUCCGUAUUCUGUCCCCUAUCGAAGGAGGAAUUUGACAAAAUUUAUUCCCGCGCAAUGAGUGUUGAAGAUGACGAUCGGAAGUUAGCUCUGCUGCAGGAACUUCGCGUGCGAUAUUUUACUCCGGGAGAAGUGGCUCGAUUGAUGAGCUUUCCGGAACAAUUCAGCUUUCCGGAUAGCGUUACAAAUAAGCAACGUUAUCGUCUGCUGGGCAAUAGUAUCAACGUGCUUGUCGUCGGUAUGCUGCUGCAGGAGCUGUAACAACACAAAACAAAU